AUGGCGACCCCGACAAAGGACCGCAUCACCUGCCACGUCCUCGACACCUCGGCGGGCCGCCCCGCAAAGGGCGUCCGCGUGCAGCUCUCGACGGCGACGCCCCCGUCGCCCUCGGCGCCCGGCGCCGCCGGCACCCUCCGCGAGUUCGAGUCCAUGACGGACGACGACGGCCGCGUCAAGGCCUGGCUGCCCUACUCGUCGGCCACCGCGUCCGGCGAGGUGCCCGUCUACACCCUCGAGGACGUCCUCGGCGGCAUCCAGGGCCCUCGCGCUGGACCCUGCGCUUCGACACGGCCGCCUACUUCGGCGGCGACGACAAGACCUUCUUCCCCGAGGCCGUCGUCGUCUUCACCGUCCAGGAGGGCCAGCACUACCACGUCCCGCUGCUGCUGA